GACUAAAUCUUAUAUAAAAAUUGUAAUCUACGACUUUAGACAGGUUAUAUAUUUACAAAAAUAGAUGUAAAAUUAUUGUAUUUAUAAAAUAUUAUAUAUUUUGCGCAAUUAAUUUGGAAAUAGUAUUUUGGCAAAACUACAUGAAUUAUAUUUAAAAAAUUAAAUUUGCGGAAAGAAAUUAUUCAAUAAUUAAGAAAAUAUUUUAGCUGCACAUAUAUAAAUAAUUUAAUAUAGUAAAUAAUUUAAUAAAAAAUAUAAAUUUAAUAACACUGAUGCGUGUUAUUGUGUAUCAUCUUACCACAAUUAUUGUGAAAUUUUCGUCAAUUUAUGAUGUCAUUGUUAUGUUACAUUUAAAAUGCACAAAUAAUUUUAAAUACUGCAGAAGAUAUACCCUUACUGCAUAUGAAAUUUUAUAGUUUAGUAUCUGCAGUACGUGCAGUAUCUGUUGUGAGAUAGCGUGAAAAUAAUACUUAUACAUUACCGCAGAUCGCGUUUCCGAUGAUCAUCGUGCAACUACGCAGAUAUGGUCACUGCGGAUAUAAGUAUGUAUCUUCACGCAUGAAUCAUGCAUUUAGCUCCGAUGUGCCUUAUUAGAGAAACUCUGCCUGACCCCACACUUACGCUCAUAGCGCGUAACUCGAAUGUAUAUACACUCGAAUGUGUCUGAUAUAAUGUAAUCACACGUCGGUCGAUGAUGAGGAAAAUAUCCUUCAAUACGCUAUUUUUAGAAAUGAAUCGAAAACCUCGUGUAGUCGCUUUUUUUUGAAUUUACGAUGCUGACAUUUACGUUGCAUGAAAAUAACAACCGAUAUUUAAAAGAUCAUGAUGUAAAAACGGUCGUAUAAUCAACUUAAAAUACUUUUCUGUUAUAAUUGUGACAGUCUUAUGUUACAAUAGUCAAAAUAAGGAAAUCUUGAAUAGUUGAGUUACUUUUACAGUAAAAAAUUGCUUUAUAUGUUAUUGUUUUAAGGAAAUGUUCAUUGCUUUUGACAUUAAUUACGCCCAGCUGAAAAUUAUGGGUCGUUUGUAUUCGUACACUUACCGAGUGCUAUAUGCGUACCGCACCAUUACGUCAUGCAUCACAUAUUUAACGUAAUGAUUAUAACAAGGCACGCGAAGUACAGCCUAAUUGCGUCUAUUUAAGCUGUAGUAUGGAAUUAAUGAAUCGGGAGUUGUACUGCGCGAUAACUUGUGCUUUAUAUAAAUUAUUAUUUUAAUUUUAUUUUACUUUUAUAUUGUGUAUUUACUACAUAGAAUUUGGCAACAUAUGUUUUUUCACGUUUCGCUUGAAGUCAUUCUCCAGUUUUUAUCGAUAAUGUUUUAUCAUUUCCUUAUAAUCUCGAAGAGUGUAAUAAAUGUAUACAGUAUUGCUUUUAAUUACGAAUACCAGGAAAAAAUAACAAUGUAUAUCUUUUCUAAAUGUACAUAUUGAAUCAGUAAAUUUAAUAAAGUUAAAUAGUUCCAAAAAGUUUUUUUAAAUAAAUCAUGCAAGUUUGUUUUUUAAUAAAUUUGAGUUAGAUUUUUAAACCAAAGUCUUAAUAGAAUUUUAAUUUGAAUUGUUGUUGGAAAAGCAAAAGUUAUGAAAAUAUCGGAGAAGAUAAUAAGUUGAAUAUUAGAUUCAAUAUAAUAAUAACACGGGAAAUAAUAAAAGCGUCAUUUUUUGGUUGAACAAAUUUUGCUUAAUAUUAAUAUUAUUUCUAUAUCAGUUAUUAAAUAUAUUAAUUUUUUAGUUUUAUAAAAUAUGUACCGAUGAAUUAUUGGACUUAAAACACAAUUGUAUGUAAAGUAAAGCUACAAAUAUUGUCUUAAAUGAAAUUGAAUGUCAGUUUUAAUAAUGAUACUAUAAAGCUAUAAACUAUAAAGAAACUUGUUGUGAAAAAUGUAUCUCUCGAAGAAAAAUAAUCGAAGAAAGUAUUGGCAGAAAAAUGUGCCACAUGUUCAACUUUUAAAGCGAUUUAAUAAAGUUCGGCGUGUCAAAUAAAUCAUAGAAUCAUAAUUUCUGCAAUAUUUAUAUUGCUUCAUCUUGGAAUUUCUCUUUUGAAUUGAAGAUCAACAUCUAACAAGACCCACGAGUUACUACGUAUGGUGUACAAGAACGUACAUUACGUACAGAACGUGUUUACGCGUUUCUCGCUUUAGUGUGUUUUCUAGUCACCCGUGUAUAUUUAGUGACACGGCAGCCGCUUAAGCCGGUCGCUCGCAAAAGGUCAACAUUGAUCACACCGUCUAUAAGCGUGCCGCAUUAUUGCCGCCGAGGACUUAAAAGUAAAGUGCUGUACGGCUAAGGUGCUUACGACUUGGAGGUAUAAUAAAUGGAAGUAACUGCCAUUCGUAACGGAUCGUGUUAAUAAAAGAUUAAAUACUUUUUGAGGCGUAAAGCCGUCUUAAAGAUGGCUGCGCUAAACAAAGAAGAAAAAAACGAUAUUGUAACAUAAAAUAACGUUGUACAAUUUUGAUGCGACGUAGGUUACAUACUUAUGAAAAGAAAUAAGGAAAUGCGUCUGAGAAGUUUCACGUAAUCCCCGUGAAAUUCCCCGUCAAAUCUACCGCUAAAUCUACAGUUUUCAAAGAGAGUUUCUUGGAAACCGUAUUCGUGAAAUGGCGUCGUUUGAUCGAUGCUUAGAACGUUCACAGUUGGAUUCGCUGUCAGGCUGGUUCCUCGCGUUACGAGCCACGAGAAUAAUGUCGAGAAAAGGGGUUAAGUACCGAUCGAGUUGGACGCUGCACGACGAAAAUAUCGAGAAUGUAGAGCAUGUGUGUCUCGAUCCCGAGGUUCAACGAGAACUGGGUUGCUCGGUCGGCGAGCAUGUGUUUCUGGAAUAUCCUUGGGCCUACGUGUCGCGAGAGACUGUUUUAAGGUUUGCCAACGUCGCGGACUCGUCGCUGGACCCGUACCGAGAUAGAAUUGAGGCUUACAACGGCGAUACCUUCCUCGUGGGUUAUUCGUCCACUGAGUUAAUCGGUCGCGAAUUCGUGAUUUGUUUAACGGAAGACGCGAGGUCAACAGUAGAGAGGAGGAACGCUGAUAUUAGCAAAAAAAUUCGGAACGAAGUCAUCCGGAAGAUCAGAAAGACCGGCAGAUCCUGGAAGUCUCUUGGAAGUGAAGUGGCACUAGACGAGGGUUUGGUUAGAAGCACGAGAGAGUUCUUCGAGGUGGACGUGUGUCUUCCAAUCGAUUCUUUAGGUUUAAAUCGAGAACUCUCUGAUAGAUCUUCGGCAGGAUCUUGGGACAGUUAUGUGGAGUUAAUUCCAGAGAGAUUCGAAAAUGUCGAGAGAAAAUGCGUUUCCAAGAUGAUCCAAACACACUUUGAGCCGCGGGAAAUCGAAGUUCAAACCUAUCCUGGUUAUCCUAAGAACGCCUGGACUCAAUACAUUUACGAGGAUACCUUGGGCUCGCAAGUCAUCGAUAACGUCGAAUCGGAGGAGAAAGAGACGGAGGAAAAAGAGUCGGCCGAGGAGAAGUCCGAGAAAGAGUCUGAAGAGAAGAAGAUUACCGAAUCGUCCAGGGAGGUGUCUGAGAAGGCUGACGCGGAGCAGAUGCCAGCGGAGAAGAGCUCUUUGGAGCUCUUUUUGGAAGCUCGAGCUCAGGAGAUGAUCGAGGCCGUGUGUUACAAUACGGUUGUAAACGUGCACGUGGACGAUAUCGAGACGCUUGCUGAGCGAGAGUUCGAAAUAGCUCGGCCGCGAGAUGAGAUCACCUGCGCGGAACGCUUCUCUCUCAUUGACUUGCGCUUCACAGCAGGCAAGGUUAUCUCCGACGUUUCUUGGCAUCCAGAUCUUAUUGGAUGGGUGGCUGUCUCUUAUGUUACUGUAACACCGUCGCUCGAGAUCGCCCGAUCUUCGGCGAGCGUCGUAUCAAACCCGGAGCCGGCAGUGCUGCUGUGGUCAAUCGCCGAUUCUCUUCGACCACGGUUAUCAUUAUGGUGCAGUCAGAAAAUCUACUGUGUCUCCUUCUGCCCGAUAAACGGCGACUUUAUAAUUGGCGGUUGCGCAUCUGGCCAAGUGGUCGUCUGGAAUAUUCAUGGGCAGAUAAAAGACCGAGAUAUUGAUCGAGCGGAUAUUGACUUUUGGUCUCAGGACACGGUGUCUAUUACUUCUGCGUCUGUGGUAUCCGAUCAAGAUCAUUCGCACGAGUUGCCGAUUCAUCGGAUACAAUGGCUUCCUGACAAUUACAGGAUAGAACCAUCCGGGAAACUGACGAAACUAUCCACCAGCUCGAGCUGCCAAUUUCUGACGAUUUCCGAAGACGGCAUCGUUGCCGUUUGGGAUCUUCUUAGGUACUCUGUUACCUCUCAGCUAAAGAACGAUCAUGAUUUUAACGAUAUUUUUCGACCAAUGUAUCGCUUGGACGUUCGGCCUUCUGAGAAUCCUUCUUUUACACCUAUUUAUUUUUGUCUUCCAGCCAUUAAUGCUUUUCAAGAAGGUGAUAGGCGUCGUAACGAAUUAGAUUCCACGGAUGUCGAUUGCACAAAGAAAUUGUGGAUCAGCACGGCGCAGGGGCAUUUUGCUCGUUGCGCUUGGGAGGGCCAGGUGUUCGACGUGGAAACGUCCGGUUUAGAAAACUGCAAACUUCUUAAUUCCACGUCCGCGCAUGACGGUCCCGUUGUAGCGAUUCUCCGAUCGCCGCAUCUUUCGGACGUUCUUCUGACAAUAGGUGGCCACAUCUUCGCCAUUUGGAAGGACGACUAUCUAGACCUUCCUCUGUUCACACGAAAAUCCGAUUGCGUGUAUACCGCAUGUUGCUGGGGCAAUCGACCGGGAACUUUCCUAAUGGGUACUAGUCUGGGCGAUCUAGAGGUUUGGGAUAUCAAAAGGAGGACAAACAAGCCGGUAUUCACGCAAACUAUUUCCAGAAAACCAAUAACUUUUUUAUCGCUUCAGGAGCCGUGUCAACACGGUUCCAAGCUGAUCGGCGCCGGUGAUUGCAACAGUGCUUUUCGUCUUUUUGAGGAACCAACGGAAUUAGAGGAUGAUACACUUGAAAGAAUGGACUGGUUUGAAGAAUACAUAUGGCGAGAAGCGAGAAGAAAGAAGAUGUUUUCUUCGUGGCAGAAAGAUUUUCUUCAAAAUGAUGCGACAAUUAUUGCUAAAAGGCAAGCGAGAGCGGAUGAAGAACAGAGAUUAAAACUUGAAAUGGCAAGGCUGAAACUUCAGAGAGAACACGAAGAACGAUUGAAGUUGGAGGCUGAAGAAGAAGUACGUAAAAUGCCGAAAUCCAAAGACACAAUAUGGAAACUACGUCAGCAGAAAAGAAUGAAGAAAGUCCUUUUGGAAAAAAAGAAAUUUGUGCCACAGGAAUUAGAGGAGAAGAGGCUGCCGUUAGUCCGUUUAGCUGAAGAGAGGAAUUUAAAGAUGAUUAAAGCAAAAAACAAAAUUGAUCUUCAAGAUGAGCAUUUCGAUAAUUUUGUGUCUCUCAAAUUUCCAGAAUUUCCAUAUUAUGAUCUUAUAAAAAAAGACAAAAUUUCGGAAGAAAAACGUGAGACGGUAAAGGAUGAAGAAAUAAUAGAUGCAUUAUUGCAAGAGUUUUAUAAAGUCAGAGAUGAAGCGCGAAAGAUAAUAGCAGAGAAACCACAUCACCAAAAAUUUAAUUGGAACAUUUGUUUGAAAAAAGAAAAAGAAAGAUUAUAAAAAAUUUGUACAUGCAAGUACGUAGACUUUUCUGAAAGGUUUUCUCAUAACAAGAAUGGCUGCCGUUUCAAUUUUGCAUAAUGAUAAUUUGGCUUGUACACGAGUUGAUAAGAUAAGACAGAUCAACAACUGUUUAGAAUAUGCUUCCGAGUACGAAUUAUAAUACAAUGCACAUAAGUGUAUUGAAAUUAUUAAAGAUUUUAUUUAAAGACACAACAUAUAUAAUAUGCAUAAAAUAACAUAUAAGGAUUAUAUAUAAAAACAUAAUAUUCUAAAAUAUAAUAAUCCAAAAUAAAAUUAGUCAUAUUUGUUUCUCUAAUUCUGCAGUAAUUAAAUUAAUUUAAUUAAAAUAACACGAGUAGUUUAUUUUUAUAAUAAAACUUUUUUAAUAUAUAACUAAUAGACAUGAAAUAAAUUUUAAUUUUUCCCAACUCUUUUCAAAUAUCAAACACUUUACUCCCAUUAAGACAAGUUAAAACAAUAAAUGACUGCUCUAAUAAAAAGUGUUUAAACCUAAUAUUAAAGUAUCGAAAUAUAAUAUUGAAAUAUGCGGUGAAAGUGCUAUUAACUGCAAACUAUAGUCUUUUAUAAUGUAUAUGUGAAAAACUGUUUUUAUAUUACUACACUUGUUAAAACUCUGUAGUUUGUGUUAGCCACAAUAACAAAAGUAUUCGAUAA